AUUCUCCCCUGUUUUAUUGGCAUGAAAAUUAUUCUUCUUUUGUCCUCGUUACUUGAACUAUAGUAUAUAAGUUAAACUAUAGUAUAUAAGUAUCACUGAAAAUGGGUCCAAGGAGAAAAUAUGCUACACUUGAGGAACUUUACAGUGAAAAAAAUCGUCGUCGUCGUGAACGAUAUGCUGCAGCUAAGAAACAAAAGGAGAAUGGUCCAUUUAAUACGACUUGCACCAUUACUGUGAAAGCAUUGCGAAUGAUGGAUAAUUUAGCCGAGACGAGUACUUUUUCUAUGAAGCGUAUGCGUAUCAAUAAAUAUAAUGAUGGCACUUCUUUUGUGGAUAUGAGCACAGAUGAUACAAUUGAGAAUCCAUUGUCCUCUUCACCUCUUAUGAAUAAAUAUGGUUCUCUUGGUUCUCCUACUAUUCAAACCGAUGAAGAAUUGACUCCUGUUAAUAUCCAUGGAAAAAGUAUUGCUAAUGUUUCCAAUAGUGGCAAAGGACAAUGCAAGUGAUUGUAAUACAUUAUCAACUAAAAAGGCUGCUCCAUGGCCUAACACUUCCUGUUCAAUCAAUAAUUCUUCAUCUAAGGAUAAUGAUGUGAAAGUG